AUGUCUAAACCACCGACUGAUACCUCAGGCUUGGGGUACGCCUACCACUUACCAUCUGGAGGCUUACUUCUCCGCAUCCGCAACUCCUUGUCGCAAUUUAGUGAUUUAUUUAGUGAAUUUAAUAAGUACAUAGCUCCUGCCUACCACCAUGAUCGCUGCGAGCGGUCUGUCCACAUGCGUUUAUAUUCAAUGCAUAAACGGGAGUUUGUUAUGGUCUUCCUGGCAUUUUUCGCAUGCUUCGGACUAGGGAUCUUCAUAGGGUUAGCCGGGCCACCGAUAACGAGUGCGACGGAAGUAUCUGCAAAAAGCUUGUUAGCUAAUACAUCGCUGGCAAAGGACAAAAACGCUUUUGCGACGGGUCCGUUUGCUAUGAAGAGUCCUCUAAUGACGACAUACUCACAGCAACUAUGGUUGAUUGCUAAACUGGAGACAGAUAACACCGACGACGAGAAAUACGACAAAAGUUUCUUGGUCAGUGUUGCAAUUGACGGCAUCACUGAACAGCAUAAACCAAAGAGCAUAUUGAAUGAUGAAAACGUUCGAAAUAGGACAAGGCAUUUACUGUGUGAACGGAACGAUUGCCAAGAAUUCAUUGUUCUCCAUUUAGGAUUUCUAGACUACGCACAUUACAUAAUCACAGUAAGAUUCUAUGGAUUAGAAUCAUUUCAUCAACGUUACAAUAUCAGGGCAAUUACAUUCUAUUUUAAAACUUACAGUCCGGCCUUCACACAGAUCGAAAUCUGGUUCAGAUUUAUAUUUUUACUUUUCACGUUUAUCGUAACGUGUUGGUACGCUCAUACUUUGCGCAAAUAUCCAAUCUAUGACUGGUCGAUUGAACAAAAAUGGAUUUCGGUCCUAUUACCAUUGUUGCUACUUUACAACAAUCCAGUAUUUCCAUUAGUGUUCCUAGUAAACUCUUGGCUGCCUGGCAUGUUGGAUGCAAUUUUCCAAGCAACAUUUCUAUGUGCAUUGUUAAUGUUUUGGCUCUGCAUCUAUCAUGGAUUACGACAAAACGAGCGAAGAUUUUUACGAUUCUACUUCCCAAAGUUAAUUGUUGUACUGCCUAUUUGGCUAUGUGCCAUUGUUUUAGCAACGUGGGAAAAAUGCAACGAAUUGAAAGAUCCAACUUAUAGCCAUUUCGUUGAUACCAAAAAUUACAAUGGAUUCAAGUUAUUUUUCUACAUUGCUGGAAUUAUGUAUAUCAUAUACCUUGCAUUGCUGGUUUUAAGAGCAUAUAGUGAACUACGAUCAAUGCCAUACUUUGAUAUGCGUUUGAAAUUCCUCACCCUUUUGAUGCUUUUCGUCCUUUCGAUAUCCUUGACUGUAACUAUUUGCCGAUUUGGCUUCGGUAUUCUGGAGGACAAUUUUGUCGCAUCACUAAAUACGACAUACAAAAGUUCAGCACAAUUUAUGUGUUUUUAUGGCCUCUUAAAUUUCUAUCUGUAUACAAUGGCAUAUGUGUACUCCCCUAAUGGGCGUCCUAUUCACGAGCCAACAAUCACGAAAGACAACCCAGCAUUUUCAAUGAUCAACGAUUCCGAUGAAGAGGUCGUCUAUGGUUCCGAAGAUGAAAGCCGGCGACCUUUGAAUUCGGGCGGUAAAAAUGAUUAUGAUAGCGAUUAA